GAUACGAGAAAAAAGAUUGAUAAAAACGAUAAAAAAUUGAAUGAAAAGAAGAAGAAAAUGUUGAAAAAGAAAGUCGAAAAUGACGAUGAUAACGAUUCCGAUGAUUCGAAUGAUGAUUGGGAAGAAGUUGAAGAAGCAAAAAUAUUCGAUCCAGAAAUUUAUCAACCAAAAUUACCGGAAAAAAUUCAAAUAUCAAUGAAUCAAUUGGGUAAGAAAACAAAGAAUCCCAUUGAUCAAAUACAGGCCGAAAUUCGUCAACAAAUCAAUCGUAUGCGUAAAGAAAAUCAAUUAAUUCAACAUAAAUGUUCAAUUCUGUUUGCCAUUAAUCGUAUUCAAUAUUUAAAUUCAUUAAUACAAGAUCCAUUGAUAAAAUCAUUAGCAUUAUCAAUGAAUUAUUUGGUGCCUGCAGAUGAAAAGAAUUUAUCAUUAGAAAAAUAUAUUGGUAUUUUUAUUACAAAAUUUUCCAAAAAUUUCAAUAUAACCAUAUUGGAAAAACAUGAUUACAGUAUUGAUUUAUAUCAGGAACUUUUAAAAAGUUUUGAACAAAAAAAAAUCGAAUAUAAUUUAAUUAUAAAUCUGAUGAUAAUAUCGAUAUUACGAAUGUCAAAUCAAAUGGUUCGAUUAUGUUAUCUAAUCGAUGCGUUACCGAUAAAACCACCGAUGAAUUUAUUGUCAACCAGCAGCAGCAGCAAUGAUUCUGUCGUUACUAAAUCAAAAUCAAAAUCUACUGAAAAUGAUGAGACAACAACAACAAAAGAAUUUUACUGGAUCGAAAUAUUCGAUAAUGAUCAUAAUCGUUGGAUUUGUUAUGAUUAUCAUCCACAUAGGAUUUAUGAUAAACCGAAAAAAAUUUCGGAAAAUUUCCCAAUAAAACAACCAACAUAUAUUUUUGCAAUUGAUAAUGAUGGAAAUAUUUCGGAAAUAACUGCACGUUAUGUACAAGAUUGGCAUUCGAAUCAAAUACGUAAACGUCGUUUGACGGAUGGUUGGCUGGAGGAAACAUUGAAUAUUUUUGAUAAUAAUGGAAAACAUACCCGUUAUAAAGAGGCUGAUAAUUUGGAAUUUGAAAAAAUUUCUCAGCAAAUAGAAUUACCAAAAAAAUUGUCUGAUUAUAAGAAUCAUCCAUUAUUUGUUUUGGAAAAAGAUUUAUUAAAAUAUCAGGCCAUAUAUCCACCAGAUUCACCACCAUUAGGUUUUUUCCGUAAUCAACCUGUUUAUUCAAGAAAUUGUGUACAUAUACUUAAAUCAAGGGAAACAUGGUUACGUGAUGCACGUACAGUUAAACCCGAUGAACAACCAUAUAAAAUUGUUCAAUCAAGAUUUAAAUGGAAAGUUAACCCAGGUGAACAACCGGAAAAAGAAAUGAUUGGCGUUUAUGGUGAAUGGCAAACACAACCAUUUGAACCACCAAUCGCUCGAAAUGGUCAAGUUCCACGUAAUAAUUAUGGAAAUGUUGAUUUAUUUAAAAAAUCAAUGUUACCUAUUGGUACUGUUCAUUUACAAUUACCCGGGUUAUUACGUUUAGCAAAUCGUUUAAAAAUUGAUUGUGUACCGGCUAUUGUUGGUUUUGAAGGUACUUGUAGCUCACAUCCAGUUUUAGAUGGUUAUGUUGUUUGUAAAGAAUAUAAAGAUAUAUUAAUUGAUGCAUGGCAACAAGAUCAAAAAUUACAAAGAGAAAGAGAACGUGAAAAAUGUUUAAAACGUAUAAUGGAAAAUUGGAAACGUUUAAUUCGUGGUUUGAUUAUAAAAAGAAAAUUAAAAAUUAAAUAUGGUUGA